UUUUCUUAAACUAUAUGUUAAAUAUAAGCUUAUACAGUAUUUUUCUAUUUUUGGUACCUCUCUAAUGAGGAAAUCAAACAAGAAAGUGAAAGUGUUGGUUCUAAGCCUCAAUAGUUCCAUUUAGUUGAUGACCGUGAUUAAGGAGGGGGAAAUUGAAAGACAGAAGAAGGCAGUUAAUUGUUGCUCUAUUAAUCUAAGAUUUCUAUAAGUAACUGAGUUUAAUUUUCUCAGUAAAAGACAUUGACAAUGGUAUCAAUCAUUUUUAUACUCUUUAUAGUAAUAAGUAGAAUGUGCCCUCAAACUAAAAAAAACUAACUUCUCUCAAUUCUUUAUUAGGCAUUUUCUGAUUUACAUUUUUCCAUUGUGAUCUUCAUUCUCACCGGGUGAACUUUGAGUUGCUGUGUACUACUUAGCUUCAGACUGAAUUAAAGUAAAGCAUUUCUAAAACUAACGUAGCCAGUGAUUUUCUUCAGGCAGUUGAGAACACAUCCAUUGUGAUGGAACCCCCCCGCUGUGUCAGCGGUGGUGGUGCAGCCAGCACCGUUUUAGGCAGAUUAGAAGGAGACUGUUGCGUUUAGACCCCAGGCUUCCUGUUAAGACCUCUACAUAUGGAUUCCUAAGGUGGGGUAUCUCUGCAGAAGAUCAGAACCCUAAAGUGCGACAUCAUUGAAGAUAGCCUGCUUUGUGUAUCUUAGAUGUUUCUCUUGGUUGGUGUCGAAGCCUGAUAAUCAUGACUUGUCUUUAGUUAAGGUUUAAUAUUUUUCUAAGUAAUAAAUUCAAGGGACUGUUUAAUAAUUAAAAUUUCUCUCCAGAUAUUGUUGUGUUUAUUAAAAAAUUUAUACCUCAAAGAAAAUUAUUAAAGCAUGCUGGAACAAUAUAUACAGUAUAAUCUCAUUUAUAUGUAUAAAGUUUAAAAAUAUACCACAGAAAGCAUACAUACGUUUGUAUUGAAAGUAUAAAGAAAGAUAAUGUGAAGAUUUUAGGAUUUAAAUUAGAUUAAUUAGAAUUAAUGUUGUGUGUGUUUUAGUUGGAGGGGCAAUUUAAAGCAAUUUGUAUUUAAAAACAGAAGUUUUUUUUGUGUGUAAAUCAGUUUAUUUACAGUUGUUCUGAGACUUUUUCCAUUAAGUAUGGAAGCCAGAGGGUGCAGAAAGGGAGCUAAUGUGCAAGAAAAUGAGCGAAAUUCCUUUUCCCUCAGGGUUCAGGGAACACUUAUUUCUUAUUCUCUAGCUAUAGGGGAGAAUUAAACUAAAAUAUUUAUAAGUAAGACCAUAAAUAUACUAAAGAUAUUCUAGGAAAGUGCUAACAAUUAAUUCUAAGACUUCAAAAGCAGGAGCUAGAUCCUUCUGUUUGAAAAAUGGAAUUGUUUUUUCAAGCCACUCAUUUAAAAACUGAUAAUUAUUUUAGGAGCGUGGUACCAUGCUUAAAGCUGUUCAUUAGGUGCAUUUUAAUUUAUGUUUAAGGAAGAGAAUGGUCACAGGAAGUCCGAGAUGGGCUUAUGGGCAGUAAGAUGAGUCAUUUUAGACGUUGACCUAGAGAGGAGUAACACUGAAGCCUUUCGAAAUUGUAGUUGUGGUAGUUUAUAGCUUAGGUGAGAAGUGAUGGAGAAGAGGUUGCUGUCUGCUUAACUUAUUAUAGAAUAUGAGGCAUAUGAGUGACAAAUUGAGAUCUUUCUUAAGGAUUAUUAGCUUGGGAGGCAGCUAAAACCAAGAGGCAGCUAGGCACGAAGAAAAGUGACCACGUCCGUUUUAAUUGUAAUUAUUUGGAAGUUCAGUUAAAAUGACAUGUAGCCGGCAGGAUUCACCUAUUGAGAAUAGAGUUCUAUUUGGUUUGUGUAUGGUUAAUAGGUGAACAUACAUGUGUAAGUAAUGUCAGCCAAGUUUUGAUAUAUAGGGAAGUGUGAACCAAGGGAGUAGAGAUAGUUUUGUUGGGGGAGGGCACUGACAAGAAGCCAUGGUAAAAAUGGCCAAAGAGUGAGUAGGAGUUCUGUUCUGUGGAGAAUCAGCUGCGUGAAAGUUGUUAUUUAUUUUUUGGUGGUAGUUAUCUUUUUUGAUAGGUAAGGGCAGUGGUGGGGAGGAGGCCAUAUAUCUAGGUGGUCAAGUAUUACUCAUCUAACCAGCUGGGUAAAGUAGCUUGAGCCCUUUUUCUAUUGUUCAGACACUUGAUUUUUACUCGGUCACGGUGGUUUUCAAGUCUUAAUUUGUGUGGCAUUUACUCCUUAGAAUAUUCCUUCAGAAGAUGAUACUAAUGAGUCUUGGUGUAUGUACUGAAACUUAGAUCCCAGCCCUAGAAUACCUUUUUAUUGGCUCUGUUUUCAUAAACACUCCCCACCAUUCAUAUGCUAUGUUUCUGACACUGUAUUUUGAUAUAUUUUCAUGUAAACUAUUGGACUAUUUAUAAAACAAGACAUAAAGACGUAGCAGAGAAGGCAGGAAACACUUGACAUUUGUGUGCCAUAUCUUAUUUGCUGCUUCCUGUCAGUUAAACCACGGUGAGAGGAACAGAGACACAGAUGUACAAUUGCUGCUUUAAUUUCCCAUCAGGGAGACCGGCCAAGAAGUUCCAGAGAGAAAAAACUGCCUCAGUUUGAGUACAAUAUCAGUGAAGCAAGAAAAUUUGAAGCACCUUCCCUAAAGAAAACCUGGGUGUACAGUAACUUGACAGACUUAGCUGUGGGCUUUUUUUUUACUGAAAUUCAUCACUGGACUCUGCUGCCUGAUACUUGAACCUGUUUGGAAUUUUUCUUAUGUGGAUCUAAGGGGAAUGCUUUAUUAUGGCUGCUGUUGUCCAACAGAACGAUCUAGUAUUUGAAUUUGCUAGUAACGUCAUGGAGGAUGAACAACAGCUUGGUGAUCCAGCUAUUUUUCCUGCUGUAAUUGUGGAACAUGUUCCUGGUGCCGAUAUUCUCAACAGUUAUGCCGGUCUAGCCUGUGUGGAAGAGCCCAAUGACAUGAUUACUGAGAGCUCGCUGGAUGUUGCUGAAGAAGAAAUCAUAGAUGAUGAUGAUGACGACAUCACCCUUACAGUUGAAGCUUCUUGUCAAAAUGGGGAUGAAACUAUUGAAACUAUUGAGGCUGCUGAGGCACUUCUCAAUAUGGAUUCUCCUGACCCUAUGCUGGAUGAAAAACGAUUAAGUAAUAAUAUAUUUAGUUCAUCUGAAGAUGACAUUGUUGCCCCAGUCACCCAUGUAUCCGUCACAUUAGAUGGGAUUCCUGAAGUGAUGGAAACUCAGCAGGUUCAAGAGACAUACGCAGACUCACCAGGAACCUCAUCACCAGAACAACCUAAGAGAAAGAAAGGGAGAAAAACUAAACCCCCACGACCAGAUUCCCCAGCCACUACGCCGAACAUAUCUGUGAAGAAGAAAAACAAAGAUGGGAAGGGGAACACAAUUUAUCUUUGGGAGUUUUUACUGGCACUGCUUCAGGACAAAGCUACCUGUCCUAAAUAUAUCAAAUGGACCCAGCGAGAAAAAGGCAUUUUUAAAUUGGUAGAUUCUAAAGCAGUGUCCAGGUUGUGGGGGAAGCACAAAAAUAAACCUGAUAUGAAUUAUGAGACCAUGGGAAGAGCUCUCAGGUACUAUUACCAAAGGGGUAUUCUGGCAAAAGUGGAAGGUCAGCGCUUGGUGUAUCAGUUUAAGGAAAUGCCAAAAGAUCUUAUUUAUAUAGAUGAUGAGGAUCCAAGUUCCAGCAUGGAGUCUUCAGAUCCAUCACUGUCUUCGACAACCACUUCAAGUAGGAACCAAGCAAGCCGAUCCAGGGUAUCUUCAAGUACGGGGAUAAAAGGCACCACUACAGUUCUCAAACCAGGGAAUGUGAAAGCUACAAAACCCAAAGAUCCCGUGGAAGUUGCACAGCCAUCAGAAGUUUUGAGGACAGUGCAGUCCACACAGCCUCCAUAUCCCACUCAGCUCUUCCGGACUGUUCAUGUAGUGCAGCCAGUACAAACUGUCCCAGAAGGAGAAGCAGCCGUAACCAAUAGCAUGCAAGAGGAGACAUUAAAUUCUUCCGUUCAGAGUAUUAGGACGAUACAGGCUCCAGCCCAAGUUCCAGUGGUUGUUUCUCCAGGUAACCAGCAGUUGCAUACAGUAACACUCCAGACAGUGCCACUUACAACAGUUAUAGCCAGCACAGAUCCAUCAUCGGGUGCCAGGUCGCAGAAAUUUAUUUUACAAGCCAUUCCGUCCUCGCAGCCUAUGACAGUACUGAAAGAAAAUGUCAUGCUGCAGUCGCAGAAGCCUGGUUCUCCUCCUUCUAUUGUCUUUAGCCCUGCCCAUGUACAGCAGGUUCUAACUAGCAAUGUUCAGUCCAUUUGCAAUGGAACCGGCAGUAUGGCUUCAUCUCCAUCCUUCAGUGCCACUACACCUGUGGUGACCUUUUCUCCUCGAAGUUCACAACUGGUUGCUCACCCACCUGGCACUGUCAUCACUUCAGUUAUCAAAGCUCAAGAAACAAAAACUCUCAUACAGGAGGUAGAGAAAAAGGAGGUCGAGGAUAAUUUGAAUGAAGGCACUGAGAAAACUGAGCAACAGCCACAGCCUUUUGUGAUGGUGGUGUCCAGUUCCAAUGGACUGACCUCUCAGGUAGCUAUGAAGCAAAAUGAACUGCUGGAACCCAACUCUUUUUAAUUACUGUACCAAAGGAGUUAUGGAUGAUUGCUUUUUAAUUGAACAUUUUCAGUUGUUUGCAAACUGUCUGAUUCUAUGACAAAUUCAACAGAGGUUCCUAAUUUUUGUAGUUAAUUGUUAAAAUAAUUUAGAGUUAAUUUUGACUUUGUUAGAUGAGGGAGGGAAAACCCAAGUGCUUUUGUUUGUUCUUCAAAUGUUUCAGAAUUCAAUUGUGAAGGAACAUUUUAUACUAUGAAAACAUUCUGUUGAGAUUUUUUUUUAAGUUGCUACAUCACAAGCAUUUUUAAACUUUCUUUUCUAGUUUUACAUUUUAAUAGCCUUUCUGAUUUUUUUGUAAAUAAGUACUUAAAUGUAAUGUAACAGGAAAUUUAUAUAGGAACUAUUUUCAUUCCACAUAUAUGUUAAGUCUUGACUCCUUCAAAUGCAGAAAAACUAUUUUAUGCCUUGUUAAAAUUAUGGUUUCACUUAGACUGACUUUAGUUGGCUGCAGUAUGAACUAUGGAUAUGUAAAAUAGAACAUUAAAAUGUGCCUAUAAUGUGGCUGCACAUAGACUGCUUUGGAAUUACCUCCAGAAGCAGGAUAGUAUAAAAGCAUCAUCCUAAGAGUUGCACUAACUAGCUGUGUAACCUUGGGCAAGCCACUUAAUCUUUUCACGCCCUCAGUUCUGCUCAUAAAAACGUUAUCAGGUUAUAUCCUAAUGUAAAUAUAGCUGAAAUACGGGAGAAAAAUAAGUGGGUCUACAAAAUUCAUUCUUCCGUUAUCGGUAAGGUCUACCAUAAGCUUAAAUUCUUCCUAAAUCUUUCGUUCAUUAACUCUUUAGGCCAUUGUGGGCCACUGCUGAAUGCUUAAUGAUGUACUGCUGUUGUAAAAGAGUCAAAGACCUUCUUAAGGGCCCAGAAAGCAAUUUGAGUCUUGGGUUAAUCUGGCCAAGUAGUCAAUUGCUAUAAAAGCAUAAUUGCUUUAUGUUUUGGAUCACUUUUUUAUUGGGGGUUGGGGGGGAAAU